UAUAAAACAUUUCACUUCACGAAGGAAAGAAGAAAAAAAAAAAAAAAAAGGGAAGCGAAUCCUUUUAUUAUUAUCUCUCAGUCUCCUUGAGAAAGCUCAAAAUUCCCUCUUCCAUCAUUUUAGAUAUUUUUGUUGCCCUAGAUUUUCUCUCUGCAAGUUCUACCUAGAGAAGCCAUGGCUAACGCAGCUUCUGGGAUGGCUGUGCAUGAUGACUGCAAGCUGAAAUUUCUAGAGUUAAAGGCUAAAAGGACUUACCGCUUCAUAGUAUUCAAGAUUGAGGAGAAACAAAAGCAGGUUGUUGUGGAAAAGGUUGGUGAGCCAACUCAAAGCUACGAGGAUUUCACUGCAAGCCUCCCUGCUGAUGAGUGUCGAUAUGCUGUAUAUGAUUUUGACUUUGUGACUGCUGAGAACUGCCAGAAAAGCAGGAUUUUCUUCAUUGCAUGGUCUCCUGACACAUCAAGGGUGAGAAGCAAGAUGAUUUAUGCAAGCUCCAAGGACAGGUUCAAGAGAGAGUUGGAUGGUAUUCAAGUAGAGCUGCAGGCAACUGAUCCCACGGAAAUGGGACUUGAUGUUAUAAGGAGCCGUGCCAGCUAAAUGGGAGACUCCAAGAGGCAGAAUUGGAGAUAUUCAAAUGCAUUCUGCUUUUGCUUUAAGUGAAAUGUUAAUAGGUUGUGUGGGGCGGUAUCAACCUGACUAAAUUAUGAUCUUGGUUUGUUAUUCAAGUUUUAUAUUGAAGUCAUUGUCUAGAACAAGUUUAGUGUUUUUCCAUUUAUAUCUUAUGAUUUGUUAUGCGUGGAAGUUAUAUAUGACUGUCUUACAGUUGAGUCAAUAAACAAAAGUCUAUCUUCUUCAGGGGUAUGAUACACUCUUUUUGAGGGUUUGUUUUUGCAACUAUAAAAAUGGAUGUUUGGUUACUCACAUGACACGCUGGUGCUUAUGUGGAUUAAAAUGGUGGCCUGCAUUAUUUGAUUC